AUAAAAAGGCCCUGUUGUGAUUCUGCAGACAUUGCUGGCUACGCCCCUGCCAGAAUUUUGCGGCUCCACUUGGCGAUUUGUUUCCGUUUAGUUAUUGUUUAUUGUAUUUUUAAGAAAAAGUUGCAGGUUUGACACGUCUCAUUGCUUUGUGUAAUGUCAACUGGAUGCGUUUGGGCAGGGAAAGGUAAUAAGUGUGCAGGAUGCGCAUCUGUAUGGUGUCGGAUUUCUUUUAUCCGAGCAUUGGUGGUGUCGAGGAGCAUGUCUACAAUCUCAGCCAGAAACUACUGGACCAGGGACACAAGGUUGUGGUGCUGACCCAUGCCUAUGGGGAUUGCAACGGAGUACGCUAUGUGACGAAUUAUUUGAAGGUCUACUAUCUGCCCAUUAAAGUUUGCUACAAUCAAUGCAUUUUACCCACAGCGGUCUGCAAUGUGCCUUUGCUAAGAGCCGUAUUGCUCAGAGAACGAAUUGAGGUGGUCCAUGGACAUUCGGCUUUUAGUGCCUUAGCCCACGAGGCUCUAAUGGUGGGCUCGCUGCUGGGUCUAAAGACCGUUUUCACAGAUCACAGUCUCUUUGGUUUUGCCGAUUUAUCGGCUGCUUUGACCAAUAAUCUGCUUGAGGUGAACCUAAGUAUGGUGAAUCAUGCCAUUUGCGUGUCCCACAUAGGCAAAGAGAACACUGUGCUGCGUGCUCGAGUGGCCAAACAUCGGGUUUCUGUCAUUCCAAAUGCUGUAGACACGGCUCUCUUUACUCCCGAUCCUAGUCAACGUCCAAGCGAUGAGACAAUCAUUUUUGUGGUAGCCUCACGUUUGGUCUAUCGCAAAGGCAUUGAUCUUCUAGCUGGCCUCAUUCCAAGAUUCAAAAACAUGCCAAAUACCAAGUUUAUUAUUGUGGGUGAUGGGCCCAAAAGAGAUUUAUUGGAGGAAAUACGUGAAAAGACCAAUAUGCAAGAGCGCGUCGAGAUUGUCGGCGCUGUGGAGCAUGCCCGAGUCAGGGAUGUCCUGGUACGUGGUCAUAUUUUCUUAAAUACCUCCUUGACCGAAGCCUAUUGCAUGGCCAUUGUGGAAGCGGCAUCGUGUGGCCUGCAAGUGGUGUCCACCAGUGUUGGUGGCAUCCCCGAGGUCUUGCCAAAAAGUCUUAUAUUACUAGCUGAGCCAGAUAUUGAUGCCAUUUAUGCUGCCAUGUUGGUGGCCAUUGAACGCCACAAGUUAAAUAUUCCCCUAAUGAAUGCUGGCAUGACCAAUGGUCAUUUAGACCAACACGUGGAAAGCCAAUCAAAGCGUAGACGUCGUAAAGUCAAAGCAAAACAAACUACAAUACCUUCGCCAAACUUGUCCACUAUCACCCCACAAGCACCAUGUGGAAGAAGUGCGGAGCCAGCUGAUGAGAGUAGCCAAUUUGAACCUGUAUUGUGUCCCCAUAGAUGCAAUGAACUGGUUGAAACCCUCUAUAACUGGGAUGAUGUGGCCCAUCGCACGGUCCGUGUCUAUGAACGUGUUAUCCAAGAGCGUUCAUUUAGCAUAAGCGAGCUGAUUGCAGCCGUAUAUCAACAUGGUUCUUGGUUUCUCGUUUUUCUUGUAGUUGCCCACUUUCUGAUGCGUCUUCUCGAGGUCUGGCGUCCACGUAGUCGAGUGGAACCCGCCCGGGAUUUGAAAACAUCAACCAAAUAGUCAAACAUUGUUAUUCAACUUCUUUGCUGCUACUUACUUUAGCUGAACUGAUCUUCCAUCCAUUAGUAUCUUUAUUAAAUAUAACUUUUAAUACUUAA